AUGGCAGCAACGGACCAUGGAGCAGCAGUAGCCGCAGUGACUCCCAGCCCUGGUGCUGCGGGCCUCCUGACAUGGAAGGACCUUGGCCCAGCCCAGCCUGUGCAGACAGGUCUACCCCAGGGUCUGGCCCUGCCCAAUCUCCAGGCUCCACACAGGCACCGGGAGAGGAGCAGCUUCCUGCAGGAACUGGGUGCUUUCCAUGUCAUCAUCGCUCUGCUGCACCUGCUCUUCGGGGGUUACCUGGCCUCCACAGUCAAGAGUCUUCACCUGGUGGUGCUGAAGUGUUGGUAUCCAUUCUGGGGGGCUGCCUCUUUUCUCAUUUCAGGGAUCUUGGCGAUAGCAAUGGCGUCAUUUUCUAAGUCCUAUCUGAAAGUGUUAUGUAUGACAGCAAAUCUCGUCAGCUUCUUCUGUGCGCUAGCCGGCCUCUUUGUCAUUGCUAAGGACCUUUUUCUGGAAAGUACAUUCCCAUGGCCAAUCUGGAAACCAUACCCCCACUCCACAAUCCACAUCCAGAGACUGGAGCUGGCCCUGCUCUGCUUCACCUUCCUGGAGAUCUUCCUGCCAGUGCCCACUGCUGUCAUAAGCUAUAGGAGGGGCCGCCUGUCUGCAGAGAAUGACUCUUCUGUCAUUCCCAACACACCAUUGGAACUCAACGGCCUGUCACUGGAGCCUCUACCAUCCUAUGAAGAAGUGACUCGAGGUGACACACGAGUUGAGCAAAAACAGAGGUGA